UUGAAGGCCCUCUGGUCCUUUUCUUUCUUAUUUAAUUUAAAUUUCAGUUUCCCCUUGUUUGUCCUGUUUAGUACCUAUCCUCCCCCUUGUAUCCUACCCUCCCCCCUUCAAUUAUUUCCUACUGUUUUGAGUUUUGUGUUGCCUGCUAGCCGGAGGGGCUUUCUGGCUUGUUGGAACGCUAGCCUCCUGGCCCUUUAGGCGUGGCAGGCAUUGCAUUGUUGUGUGUUUGUCUGACCGUAUUCUCCCAUCCACCUUGUACUUGCUAGUUCACCCCCUAAAUUGCCUUUUGUCUCUGUUUCUUGUCUUGUGUUGUCAACUGGGGGACCUUUGGCCUGCCGGCUUGCUAGCUGGUUGGCUUGGCCUGGCCUACUGGUGAGGCUUGCUAGCUGGUUGGCUUGGCCUGGCCUACUGGUGAGGCUUGCUAGCUGGUUGGCUUGGCCUGGCCUACUGGUGAGGCUUGCUAGCUGGUUAGCUUGGCCUGGCCUGCUGGUGAGGCCUGCUAGCUCUCUCGGCCCUCAAGUUUGGCAGGUGUUGUGUUGGUCAGUGUUCCUUUUGUUAUCCCCUUAAUUCCCCUUACCUAAAUUUGUUUGUUUGUUAGUUCGCCCCACCCCCCUCCCCCCGUUUUUGUUUGUUUUGUUCAUUAUUGUCCUUCCCCUUCGUGCCUUUCCCCUCCGGGGAAAAUUUAUUUUAAAAAAUUACACACAAAAAAAAAAAAAAAAUCCCUCCUUGUGUCCCUUCCCAUUGUUGAUAAGAUUAGUUUGGUGCUGUGCUAGAUAGUUUGUUGUGUGUCCCGUGGUACUGGUAGGCCCUGUUCAGCACAGUCUGGCUGAGCCUGCUAGUUCCUUGGCUGUUUUACACCCCUUCCCCUCCCUUUCCCCUUCCCUUCCCCCUCCCCUCUCACUGGUGUUGGGCUGUAAAGGGAGUGGGCCUCCAUCAUGUCAGCAGCACAGGCUGGCAUGAGGAGGCACCAUGCAGUGCGCCUCCUUCUAAAGGAGAGGGGAGGAAAAAUAAUGGAGCUAUCCCGAUUGGAUUUCUCCAGAAAAUUCCUCCAGAAAGAGCUCGGCUUUCAUCCCGCGCAGGUAAACUGCAUCUUAGCCCUCCCCUAUAGGAAGGGCUUCGAUGUCAGUUUUGCCAACGCCAGCUUCCUGAGGGAGUUCUGGGGGAAACUCCAGAACGCCCUGAACACCCAGGGGUCCCUCACAGCGAUGUUUGAGGUGACCAAGCUGACGGAUAAUAGCAUUAAAACCGUUAUUGUCCGUAUGUACAAUGAAACCGUACAGCCGGAGGACGUUGCAGUAUGGCUGGGCAGGUACUGCAACGUGAAGGGUCCCCUGAUCCAGGUAAAAGACCUCGAUGGGAUCUGGACAGGGGCCUGGAGGGUCACUGUCCAGCAAAGGGAGGACCCUGGGGGCUAUGGUGGGUUGAAAGCCAUCCCAUCCACCAUAGUCCUCGGAGAGAACAGGGGCCAUGUUCACUACCAGGACCAGCCCAAGCUGUGCCGUAAGUGUGGUGAACAUGGCCACCUUGCAGACGCCUGUCAGAAGGUCGUCUGCAUGAAGUGCCGGGAGGUGGGCCACCGCUACGAGGAGUGCACGAACGGAAGGUCGUGCAACCUCUGUGGCGAGCGGUCCCACCUCAUCCGCGACUGCCCCUCCUCCUGGGCCAACAGGGCCAAGGCUGGAAGGAGGGAGUGGGCGGCCGCGGACCGGGCUUUCGAGCGCCAGAGGGCUGGAACGGCAGUUGCCGAGGUGGUAGUGGAGGAGCCGGUGGUGGAGGAGGAGGCAGUAGUGGAGCCGGCAGUGGUGGUAGAGGAGACAGUGGUGGAGCCGGUGGUGGUGGCUGUAGUGGAGGGCGCGGAAGGUGCAGUGGGGGAAGAAGUGGGAGGAGAGGACAAAACCCUCCCCACCCCAACCCCCCUGCCCCAGACUAAUGUGACCCCUGAAGGAGAAAGGGCCGAGAAAGACGGCUCCGGAGAGAUGUUUAGCGAAAGCUCCCCAAGUGGGUCAGACAUCAUAGGGUCGGUGUCGGAAAGCACCAUGGAGACUGUGUCAGAAGGUACGGGAGAGGAGGGGGAGAGUAAGGAACACCUCCCCCUACGUAAAAGAAACGCUGAGGAGCUCUCUGACCCCGAACAGGGUGAGGAGAAAAAGGGAAAGGUGGAGUGGGAGAGCUCCCAGGGGGAGGAAGAACCCAGAACCUUCCCCUCCAACUCCCCCAAUCAAGUCUCCUUUUUAAGUCCUGUUUUAACCUCCUCUCCCUUCCAAACCCCCUUACCCCGGAGGGAGAGAGAGAAAGUCCCUGAAGACUAACCCCCUUUUAACUUUUCAAUGGCUUUUCUUCUAGCACUGUUUUUACUCACCCCUUUCAUGGCUUUUAAAAUCACCACUAUAAACGUGAGGAGCGUAAAGACAGCAACAAGAGCACAGUCGGUUUUAUCCUUUUUAGAAAGGUUUAACUCUGAUGUGUUUUUACUACAGGAGUGUGGUCUACCCUUUUUAUCCUCUUACAGGAAAUGGGAGGAUAAGUGGCGGCACGGGCCCUCCAUUUGGAGUGGUUCCAAUUUUAACAAGAACGACGGUGUUGCCAUUUUAAUCAAGACCCCACAGGUGGUGGUGAAGGGGAGCACAGUGGUGGAUCGGGAACCAGUGUGUCCAGUGCGCGGGCUCGCUAUAGGUGAGCCCACAACGGUUUGGCGCAACGUGGCCCAUCCUGCUCUCCUGAAUCGGCAUCGGGACCUGUCCUGGAUGGUCGCCCACGAGAUCCUCCCGGUC